AUGACUGUCGACAAGGAACAGAACGUUGCGACUGGUGAGGGUCCUGAGAAGAAGCCUGGCUUCUUUGUCAAGACUGCUCAGCAUUGUCGCGACUGGUUUAGCUCCGUUAUUGGCACUUAUCCUUCGGAGUCGCAGCAGCCUGCUACUUACCAGGGCCAGCAGAAUGGAGCCAUGGACGCCCAGGCCAUGCGCUACACUUCUCGGGGCUACAAGACUCAGGAUCCUGAGGCAGCCUAUUCUCACAAUAGUGAUAUGAAGUUCCUCAACCGCAUGUGCCCGUUCAUUGCAAUCACCAUAAUCCUCACUGGCAUUCUCUUCGUUGUUGUUGGUUGGGCAAUUACAGCUCAGUACAGCAAGACUACCCAUCAGUCUGGCAAUGUUCGCCGAGAGGUCACUGGUUAUGGAGAUUACCCUGACAUUACUGUUACUCCUUUCGUUCCUUCUGUCGGUGACAUGAGCACCACUGUGACUGAUUUCCUUACCACCACGACCACUUCUCAUGUCAUUGUUCCCGUUACUGUUGCAGGAUCUCCCACUGUUUCUUCUUCGGUUGGUGUCAACACUACCCAGUCUGUCAACAGUACUACUCUAUCGGCAACUUCCACCAUUGACAUCCCUACUGGUAUCACUAACGUCUCGGUCACCCCUACUGGAGUUCAGUCUGAGUAUUCUUACCCUGACAAAAGCACCUCCACUGACAACGCUCGACGACCUACUACUUGGUUUUUCGGUAACGGCACCACUUCCACUCAACAACCUGGCACUGGCUAUGGUUCUGGCCUUCUCACUGCUGCCUCGGUUUCCGAUGUCACUAUAACUGUCAUUCCUAUUCCCGUCAUGACUACUGGUGGUACUGCUGCCGUGAACAUCUCUGGUUCUACGCCUUGUUCGCGAUCAAGCUUCUCCUCUGAUUUCCAGAACACCACUACCACUCGUCCCACCGUGUACCAGACUGUCACCGAGACUUGGACCUCCGAUAACUGCACCCGAAGUGCCUCAAAGACUUCAUCUGUCCCUACCGCCACGUCUUCUUCUGUGACUACAACUGCCGGUACCGAUGCCAUGUUCUCAAGCACCCAGGCUGUGGCCACCCCUGUUUCUCAAUCAGCCACCAACUCUUCAGAGAUCACCAGCUCUUCAGAGAUUUUCACCAGCACUGAGACUGAGACCGUAACUCCUGUUAUCACUGUCCCGGGAACUACCAGCAUCACUGAUACAGAGGUUGGCACUGUCACCGUCACCGUCUCUCUGGAAUCUACUGUCACUCAGACUCUUUCUCUGACAUCGCCGGCGGGAACUUGUGGCAUAAAGGAGUCCGAAACUACAACUGUUGUCGUCUACUCAACCGUCUAUGCCAGCCCCAUCUCGACCAGCACUCUCUCUUCUAGUGUAACUUUUACUAGCACCGUGUCUAGCGCCACUGAGAGCAGCACUUCUUCUGCUGUCCCUUACACUAACGAGAGUGCGCGAGAAUUGACCACCAUCUCAACGAUCAGUUCUACUUCCACUUCCACAGUCUUUAUGAACACCACUCGAACUGUCUCUAUCGGUUGGAACACAACUAGCACUUAUGGCGCCGAGGCUGUUGGAACUUCGUCUUCUUCCACUUCUGCCACCUGCACUCACACCGUUCUCGUGACUGCCAGCCCUAACUCGACCGUGUCCCACUCGACAACUGGUAUGGAGACCACUAGCAGAUCAACAACCACUUACUCAUCGUCGUCAUCUGUCUCUGUUGCCGAGGUUCCCAAGACCACUUUUUCGUCUUCCACCAGCACUACUACUUCUGAUGACUCCAACUUCGUCGUGAGCACUCUCAUCAGCACCAUGGUCACAACCUACAGCCUGCACUCGCACACCACGAGCAACGUCAGCGCCUUGUCGUCUUUUCCCACUGCGACUGUGACCUUUCACCCUUUCUCAGUCAACAGCACUGGCAACAACACUUCGGCCCCCAACACCUCCAAGCCUGAGAACAUCCCUCUUGGCCCAGCCGCUCCCGAUGGCGUUGUUCCCCAGAACUUCACGUUCUCCAUCAGCACCCCUGACCAGCCGGCGACCACCUCACCGGCGAUGCAGCAGUCCAGCGGUACCAAGUCCAAGGUUCUCUUCGCCGGCUUCCACCGUGAUCAGGAGAACACAUUUGACCCCUUCACCUGUGUUGUGAUGCUAUCUACUGUGGUGGCCAUUAUGCUGUCCAUCUAG